AUGGAAAUAGAAGUGGGAAAUCGUACCAUCCUGACUGAGUUAAUCUCGGUGGGCUUCUCAGCAGACCCCAAGUUGCAGCUGAUUCUAUUUGGAAUAUUUCUGACUCUCUACUUAGUGAUCUUGCCAGGGAACAUGAUCCUGGUUAUCUUAAUCUGGAUUGAUUCCUGCCUGCACACACCCAUGUACUUUUUCAUUGGCAAUCUGUCUUUCCUGGGUUUCUGGUAUGCAUCGGUGCAUACCUCAGUAAUUCUGUCCAUUUGUGUCUCAGGAGUGAAAUGUAUGUCCUUGGCUGGAUGUGGGGCCCAGUUCUUCUUUCCCUAUACUGUAGCCUACACUGAGUGCUAUCUCCUAGGUCAUGACCAUCACGUGGUAAUUUGUAUCCCAUUAUUCUAUUCAGGUACCAUGAACAUGUCCCUCUGUACUGGCCUUGUUGCUGGGGCCUACAUAGGAGGUGUUUUGAAUGCCAUAGCCCAUACUGCCAACACUUUCUGCCUGAGUUUCUGUGGUAAAAAUAUCAUUGGCCAUUUCUUCUGUGAUGUCCCAUCACCGAUAAAAAGGCCCUUCACAGACUUCCAGGUAUAUGAAAAAGUCCUUCUGGGUGUGGUGGGCUUCACAGUCCUCUUCAGCACACUUGCCACACUGAUCUCCUACUUCAACAUCCUCCUGACUAUCCUGAGGAUCUGCUCUGCCUCUGGGAGGCGCAAGGCCUUCUCCACCUGUGCUUCCCACCUGGUCUCAGUCACCCUCUUCUACAGAAACUUGUUCUUCAUGUAUUCUAGGCUGAGCUCCAACUAUUCCCUCCAGAGAGACAAAGUGGCUGCCCUGUUCUAUGCUGUGGUGAACCCGUUACUCAACCCUCUCAUCUAUAGCAUGAGGAACAAAAAUGUUAAAGUGGUUUUCAGGAAAGCAGCACAGACUAUACCACUACAGAGUUGA